AUGACCUAUUGCGACAACCAACCAUCGAAGCGUCCAUGUCUCUCACGUCCCGAUACCGAACUUGACACGCCAGGAGAAGCUUCAGAGGAAGUCGACUUUGAUCUUCCGGCCGCGCGUGCCCAGAAUGACUCCAAGCUCAAGUCUCUGUUCGAAGGAAUUUUCGCCAAAUACAGCCACGACUUUACUGACGUAGGCGAUGAAAUCGACCUGGAGUCCGGAGAUAUCGUCGUGGACAAUGGACAUCUGCUAGGGAUACGAGAGGAGGGUGAAAAUGGUGGUCAAACACGAUCGUGGCUCUUCCAGGCUGGCCUGGAGCAACCUGAAAAUCCUGCUACAGACCAUGAAAAUGAUACGGAAGAGGAAGAUGGGGAUACGGAAUCUGUUCCCUCUCCCAUUGACCAUUUAUUAAAUGCAACUAAGCUACCUGCUCCAAGCCCAGCUCCGGUCUCCGACCAGCAGGCGGAUGAGGACGAUGCCUUGGACUUUGUGUUUACUUUCAAGGCAUCAGGGGCUAGCGGGCUCAGUCCAGUAACCAAGACGCACCAGAUAUCUCGUCCUACAAACCCACCCAGUUCCAAGAUAUCCGAUCCCAUCGCAGCUUCUAAGCCGCAAGAUCCCAUCUGGGCGGUCCCAGAUCUGCCCAAGGCCUUCUCAACACCUACCACAGAGACACGAAAAGUCAACGCAAUAACCACUCCAUCCGCCAGAUCCCCUUCUCCACCUGGAAGCGGCUCAGUCUGGGCCGUGAAAAAACUCGGACGCCCACGGACGGAGUCGAAGCCUAAGGCCACACCGCGCCAGCGCAAGCCAGGCACCAAGCGCAAGUAUCAUUCAAGCCCGGUCACGCGAGACUGGUCUUUUGCGGAGGUGCCCGAUGGAAAUGAAUCGGAUGAUCCUUUACAGGACUAUGAGCCAUCGCCGACGCCAUCGAAGGUGCGAAUCGUUCGCGGACAGCGUCAGGUGCCCACGAAAGAUGGCAGAAGCCCUUCUGUCCAGGCGGCCACUCCGUCGAAGGUUCGCAUCAACCAUGAAAAGCGACGGCGACCUCACAUAGAUACGAGCGCUCAAAUACCACAGCCCGGUGUUUUUUCUCCGACGAAACUCCCGGCCAAAGAGAGUGUUGUAAUCGAAGCCGACUCAGACGGUGCCAGAGAGGAGAGAGACCAGAGUGUUCUCGAGGACGAUGCACCGGAGAUGGAAACUCAACAUACCGAGCCACUUGGUCCUGUUUUCCCAACUACUCAAGAUCCCCAAGAUGAGAUGGACGAGACAAACAAGGAAGACAGACCGUCGCAGCCAAAUUCCCCGACCCAGAAUGUCGUUAAGCCGAGCAUCAUCUUCUCUGUCGAAAAUGAGACAGCAACAGAUGACAACAUCGAUGCCCAAGUGCAAGCGCCCAACGUACAAUCCCGAGUCAACAUUGCAUCUCAAUCUAUAUUGCGACCCGAAUCAACGCCCAUUCACGACAAAGUCCCCCGAUCCCCACAAAAUACCCCAAGCAAAAGACGAAUCAUGACCCCGGAUGAAGCCAAAUUAAUCAUGCGUGUGAUGCACCAAGAAAACGGAAAAGCCAGCGAAGUAGUUAAAUUAAUGCCAACGCUUGAGUAUCAUGCAGUUUGGCAUUGGUACUUCCACCAUUGGACCCACCGCCUCACCAAACCGCCUCGCCUUUCAGCUCCCUGGUCCCCUUCUGAGCUGGCAAUCUUCAUUCGUCUGAGCAACCAAUCGGGUCUCACCUGGGCUGAGAUCCAACGUGAGUUUUCGGGUCGAUCGCGCUCGGAAGUCGAGUUUGAGCUGCUUCGUUCUUUUGUUGAUUCCCGGGCUUCUACGGAGCAUCCGGGGAAACAGCCAGAUAAUCAAGCCAACGAGGAUGUGCAGGAUUCCUCCCAAGAAUCCCAAGAUGUCUGGAUGCAGGCAGAGGAAAUCAAGUCCGAGCAAAUCGAAGAUGUUCUGCCUUCAGUCGAACACGAACAUCCUGACGCACGCGGUGAGAGGGUCUCACCGUUCACUUCGGAAUCACCAGGCGAGGUACGACAUCAUAAUCAGUCGUUCGUUGCCAAUACGCUCAAAACCCUAUUUCUGAGAUGA